ACAGGAGUCCGUCCAAAGAUGAUCUGCGGCGAUUUCCCGCUCCUGACGCUUUCUAGGAGCUCGUCGACAAUGUCUUGGGUAAUGUCCACCUGCAUGGCCUGCACAGGCGGUUGUUUGCCGUCCUUAAGUCCGGCGUCGCUAUCCGGAGCCCCGACAAGGGCAAUGCCGCCCGAGGAAAGCAUCGAGGUUGCCAUGUUGCUAUCGCUCGCCGUCUAUCUUGUGAAGAGAGGUGGAACAGGCGUGAAGCUCGCACCCGAAUGUUGCUAGGAGAAGCAAUGCAUGGAGAGAGCACCCAGGCACUGAGCGGAGAGCAAGCAGUGCUUCCGGGUUCGAGGCAGAGGCCCGUCGCAGAGGUCUGGUGUUUGGGUAAGGCGUUGGUAGGUUCGAGGAGGACGAAGGAACGAACAAAGGGCGCUCUCGGAGGACCGUCAGACAGGUCAGACUGUCACUGUCAUAGCGCGCCCGGAAUCCAGCGAGCAAGCGUGCACGGAUAUCAAGGUACGGUGCUGAAACGAUUGGUUGACACGCAGAGGAGGAUGAACGGCUGGGUGAACCAGACAAUACUAUCGCAGCAACAAUACAGUCUACUCACAAACACGCACACGAGUGAAGAGUGGUAAGCUCGACGGAAGCUGAGCGGGUGGUAGUGUUGGGCGAGCUCGCAUUCCUCAGAAGGCGGUGGUGCCGACCAGG